CGUACUUGUCCUCCUUCUUUCUGUCCGUGCAGCUGUUUCUGUCCUGUCCACGCGCGUCCAGCCCUGUUUUAAGUUCAUUGAUUUUUUAAAAGCACAUUUUUAAACAUUUAAAGAUGUCAGAAGAUCUGCGAUCGGAGCUGGAGAAAUUCCUGCAAACGCUAAACAUCCAGACGACCUGCGUGGAGCACCCGCCGGUGUUCACGGUGGAGGAGAUGAUGCCUCACCUGCAGCAGCUGAGCGGCGCCGUCUCUAAGAACCUCUUCCUGAAGGACAAGAAGAAGAAAAGCCUGUGGCUGGUGUCGGCUCGCCAUGACCGCCAGGUGAACCUCAACGACCUCGCCAAGAAACUCGGCGUCGGCAGCGGCAACCUGCGCUUUGCAGACGAGGCGAUCAUGUUGGAGAAACUGAAG